CCAAACUUCUCUCUGCUCCCUUCAUUUUUCACCCUCCGAGUCGCCGAACGCAGUGAAGAGAGGGGAGCGAGAGAGAGAGAGAGAGAGUAGCAAUGGCGGCUAUGAGCCUUACGAAAGCAGCUGCAAGGGUCGAAACUGCAGGUGUUUUAAGUGUCUCGUUCAAUCUGCUGAGGAAUUUCUCCUCUUCGGCAUCUCAAUCGAGCCAAAACCCUAUUUCCGCAUCGAGUAAACCCAAACGGAGGAGGAAGAAGAACCUGUUCGAAGUGGCUCAGUUCUUACCCAACUGGGGAAUCGGUUAUCAUAUGGCUAAGACUCACUGGAGCGGCGUUUCAUACGAAAUCACCAAGAUCAAUCUCUACAAGGAUGGCAGACAUGGAAAGGCGUGGGGGAUUGUUCACAAGGACGGACUGACCGCUGCAGAAGCUCCCAAGAAGAUAAGCGGAGUUCACAAGCGAUGUUGGAAGUAUAUACCGAAUCUUUCAAAGCCUUCAAACUCAACAAACCCAAUCGCCGAUAUCCAAUCUUCUUGAUCCAUCCAUCGUCUUCGAUCAUUGGUACUGAUCGCUUUUUUCGCUGUUUCAGUAUCCGGGUUUCUGCCACCCUUGUUUUAGUUAUUUCCCUUCCAAGAAAACAGUUUCUUCUCUUUUGUAGCUUCUCCGAAAUCGCCAUAGCUUCCAUAGGGGAAAAGAUGGUCCCGUAAAACUUUAAAAUCGCGACUGUCGUCGGUCAAUCUGCUGUAUUUAUCUUUGAUGGAGUCAUAAGUUUUACACAUCAUCUCCUUGCUUGAAUUCAAAAGCUUCAUGCGUUGGUUAUGUGGAAAAAGAUUGAACUUGUAGAUGCAGAAACUUUUUGCUCUUUUAGUAAGAUUUAUGAAAAGGAUGUAGUAAUUGUCUCUGAGUGUGUUCUGUCUUACAUUCUCCUAUG